UAGACGUGGUGGUGGUGAGGUGGCAGUUGAUGGAGGCGGGCCGCCCGUUGGAUGGGAGUGUACACCAGGCCGGCCUCUUCCGCCAUCUUCAUCCUCCAACUCCCGGUCACCAUGGACGGUCUGUGGCUCCUCUCCGCCGCCUGUAUCGGCUUCACCGUGUGUAUGUUCUCCAGCGGCCUGUCGGAUCUCCGGCUCAUGGUCUCCAGGCAGAAUGUGGACAAUAUCCAGUUCCUGCCGUUCCUCACCACAGAUGUGAAUAACCUGGGCUGGCUGUAUUACGGGUACCUGAAGGAGGACUGGACUCUGAUGACGGUGAACACCAUCGGGGCCUCUCUGCAGACGCUGUACAUGGCGGCCUUCAUCUUCUAUUCCCCGGAGAAGCAUCACGCGCUCUCUCAGAUCCUCCUGGCGCUGGUGGUUCUGGUUUUGGGGUUCCUCUACUUCUCCCUGUGGACCCCCGAUGUGGCCGUCCGCCUGAACCAGCUGGGCCUCUUCUGCAGCCUCUUCACCAUCAGCAUGUACUUAUCUCCGCUGGCCGACCUGGCUCAGAUCAUCAGAACCAAAUCCACCAAGUGCCUGUCCUUCCCGCUGACCGUCACCACCCUCCUGGCCUCCACGUCCUGGGUGCUGUACGGCAGGCAGCUCAGCGAUGCCUACAUCAUGGUUCCAAACCUCCCCGGUAUAGUGACCAGCCUGCUGCGGAUCUGGCUGUUCUGGCGCUACCCACAGGAGCAACCGUCCUACCGCAACCUUCCAGCCUGAGACCGCCGCCAGGAGCACCG